AUGGGUAAUACACCUCCACCAGCAGAUCCAUUUCGGCCACAAUUGGACGAUGGUCGAGCCAAGUGUCUACAUCGGCGACGUCAUUAUGACAGAAGUCGAAGCAGAAGCAGUUCGUGCCGCUAUAAACAACGUCGGAAGCGUGAUGAAACACAUGCUCGUGGUAGUAGAUACUCUCGUCGCAAUUCUUCCUGGUCUCGUAGCAGAAGUCGAAGCAGAAGUCGACCAUCUUCUCGAUCUCAUCGUCGACGUUCGUCGGCCUCGGUAGAAAGGAAGUGGACUCAUAGCGCUUUUGAUGACCGCAGUCCUAGUCCACCACGAGAGCUUGAUCCAUUCUAUCGACCGGAACCUGAAGCUUGGGUAUCGCGAGCAGGUGGUGUGUAUUUGCCUCGCAAAUAG